UUUGCUUGUCUUCAAAAUGCUUUUCAGAACGUACCAGUCCCACCACCUGCCACAAUUAUGUUGCCAUCUCUUGGCAGCAUACCCAUUCCUCCUCCUUUACCGCCUCUUCCACCGCCUCCAUUCGAACCUGCACCGCCACCUCCCCUUCCGCCUCCAGGAUCUGUGACUUCUUCUGACUCGCACGUUGAUCAGGCGGUGCCCUCAGGGUCAGGACCAAGUUGCUCGACAUCGCAUACACGUUCCGCAUUACCGAUUCCUAACGUUUCCAACAUCAAGAAAAGAGGAUUUGAUCGGCCAACGUACAUUCGGAGGGACAUUGAUCUCUCUCAAGAAUGGGGAAGUGGUUUUGUUGAAAAGUAUGAAAUUUUGUACCAAGUCGGUGAAGGCACCUACGGACAAGUCUAUAAAGCGAGGGAUAAGAUAACUGGUGAACAAGUGGCCUUGAAAAAAGUCAGAUUGGAGAAUGAAAAGGAAGGUUUUCCUAUUACUGCUGUGCGCGAGAUCAAGAUAUUGCGGCAACUCAAUCAUGCAAACGUUGUGAAGCUAAUAGACAUUGUCACAGACAAGCUGUCCGCAGCUGAUAUGCGAACGGAAAGAGCAAAUUUCUAUUUGGUGUUUGAGUACGUGGAUCACGAUUUAAUGGGGUUACUGGAAGCCUCACAUCUCGUCAACUUUCACAAUGAUCAGAUUCGAAGCCUUUUCAAGCAAUUGAUUCUAGGACUUGAGUACUGUCAUGCUGCUGGGUUUUUGCAUCGCGACAUUAAAUGUAGUAAUAUUCUCUUGAAUAACAGAGGAGAGCUCAAGAUCGCCGAUUUCGGUCUCGCAAGAUACUACUCUUCUGAUCAGGAACGUUUGUACACGAACCGAGUGAUCACCCUGUGGUACCGACCACCUGAACUAUUGCUUGGAGAUGAGCAUUAUGGUCCAGCAAUUGAUGUUUGGAGCAUUGGCUGUAUUCUUGGCGAAUUCUUUACCCGGAAGCCUCUCUUCCAAGGGAAUAACGAAGCGGCGCAGCUGGAUCUUAUUUCAAGGGUUUGCGGAACUCCCAGUCCAGCAAAUUGGCCGGAUGUUGAGAAGAUGCCACUUUAUAAUACGUUAAGGAGUAAGAAGCAAUAUGUCAGAUGCCUCCGAGAAGAGUUCGCUCAAAUCGUUCCAUCUGGGGCCGUCGACCUCAUGGACAAAAUGCUGCUUCUUGAUCCAAAACGGCGGAUUUCUGCAAAGGACGCUAUAAGUCAUUUCUGGAUUAAGAACUUCGACUACUCUACCGUCCCACCUCUAAGAUUGCCGCAGCAUCAGGAUUGUCAUGAGCUGUGGAGUAAGAAACAGCGAAAGGAAAGACGUUCUAUCAAUCCGAGAACCCAACAGUUCGAAGGACAGGAGUCGGAACUAUCUGCAUGUCCACCUGCACCUACCGCCACUCUACACUAUGACAGGCGGCGAAAUUCCCCAUCGAAUGGUUACGUGAAUUCGUCAUCCGUCAAUCCUAGCAGGACGGAAGGUUACACGAAUUAA